AAGAAUGAACUUUGAGAUUGGAGACUUGUCGCAGAAGGUUAAAAAGCUACAAUCAAGUAAUAACCAACAACAGAUAGGAUACUUACUGAAGAGAGAUCAAGAAGUUAGUGCCAUCAGGGUUCAUAAAGCAGUAGACAGAUACAUCGCAAUUGCUGAUAAAUCAAUGUCCUUCUCGCUUGAAGAAAACAGUUCCAAAUAUCCAGAGCCUGAAGAAGACUCUGAAGAUGAAGAAGAGAAGGAAGAAUACUCUAGUGGAUCCUCGAGCCUUAUUUCUAGAGAAUCAAGCGUGCAGGAUGCAUCUAGAGACUCUUCUGCUUCAUCAGCUUUAGUCAGGGAGUCCUUCCCAAACAGGAGGCUGAGUGUUUCAAACGUUAAGUUAAAAAUUACUCACAAAAAUUUCAAAUUGAUCCUUAUGAUCCUAAGUGCUCUAAAGCAGAAGAGUUCAGACUCUUUGGUAGUUCAAUUCGCUGACAAAAUUGUAUCAAAUCUGGAGAACACCCACUACGUCGGCCUGAGUACCGCUCAUAAAGAAAAACUUGAACACAUGUUCCUGUAUAAACUUUUCAAAUACAUUAGUGAAGCAUUUAAAAUUGAAAAGCAUGAUGAAGUACGCCUUGGAAGCGUCUCUUCUUCAGACUCUGCAGUCGCCGGACUUGAUCAGAUUAAGACUUCUCUAACCCAGAAUAUUAAGAAUAACUUGGUUAAGAGAGUUAGAGAGGUCCUGGAUGAUCCAAAGUCUAAUGCUGGGAGCGUUGGGUAUGUUGCUGGAGUUUCAACUCUAGUACCUUAUUUAUCAGAAUCUGUUAGUGAAAUGAUAGUUUCAAGCGUAUCAGAUGCUAUUAAAAGUAAACGCGAGUAUAUCUAUGACCUCCUACCACUGAUCAUUGCCGUUCUAAAGAUUUACCCAUCCAAAUUUUCGAAAGACCUGACCAACACACUUCUCAAGCUAAGCAUCAGUCAAACAAAGAAAGGGAAGAAACGAUCAAAAAGUUUAUACCUCUCCUUACAACUCCUUCUUUCAAAUUUAAAAGGAGAUAGUGCCUCAUUUGAUAAAAAAUUUGGGGAUAUAAAUCCUAAAGCAUUUCUCAAGAGUAAACCUCUCGCAAAGAUCUUCAUCAGAUUUUUCAUUGAAAGCUAUUAUUCGGAAGAAGCCACAGAAAGCCAAAGAAAGGAGGGCCAAGCAAUGCUAUCCACUCUUGAAGAGAGUCUUAAGGAAAAUUCAAAAUCAUCAUCUGAUGAGUCAAAGAAGCAAAUCUUAAACUAUAUUUACUCUGAAAUACUAUGCUACUGAAUGAUAACGACAGGAUUCAUAAAGGAUGAUAUUAGAAUAGGCUCCACAAUUCACGAACAAGUUAACUUUUUCCUCCGAGUAUAUGUUAAAUCAUGUGGAUAUCUUUCACAGGUGUCUCCAGUUUCCUUAUGAGCUUACCUAAGUCUUAUACUUGCUGAAUCGAGGAAUAGUGAUCUCUUCCAAGGUGAUCCAAGAGAACAUGAAAAGGAGAUGGUCAACCUACUCUAUUAUUCUGCACUGAUCUCUAAUUCCCCAGACUUCAUAGAUCUUAUCUUUGGAGAACUGGAGUAUAUCUCCAGAGCACUGCUAGAUCAUGGUCUUCCUCUGACUUUGAUUAGCAAUGUAAUAUCAAACCACAACAGCCAGAUGUUCGGCAACUCGCUCUCAAUCAAGGAUUCAGAUACCCAAAUCAAAAAUGAAGUUAUUGUAUUUGAAAGUGAAUCAGAUGGUGCAAUAAUGCUCAACUCAAACAAAAACAACCCAAAGUUCUGCAUCUCAAUCUUGAAUUUUCUCUCGAAUAUCAUGGGCCACAUAGUCAAGUCUGAUUAUAGUUUAUAUGAAUCUGGAGGAGGACAUCAAAACCUUCAAAUGGCCUCGAGACAAAUCAGAUGAAUCUUUAUCCCAAUCGUUGAAUUUGUCUAUAGCUCAAUAUUUUCCAACAACCUUAUCAAUGAAAUCGACCCUUCCCUCAAGAGGCUUUACACAAAGAUCAUCAGAAAUAUAUGGGGAUACAUCAUCAUAUUCAGAGGGCUAUCUGAGAAACUUAUCUCAUUUGAGGAGUUAUUUGACCCAGAUUGCUAUUCAUCCCUCGAACUAAUGAGCUUAGCAUAUUUAAUAACUCCUCCAUUGAUCUCGGAGCAUUCGAGUACUGAGCCAAAUGCUCUUCUUGAGCCUGAAUUUCCACCAGAAAUCGUUAAAAUUCUUUCAAGCGAUCUCGAAAGUUAUUUUAAAAAGAAAUACUCAAAACAAAAGAAAAUGUUUGAAAAGUUACCAGAAGAUUUACUUAUUCUUCUUGGAGAGAUUGAGCUAGUAUACUCACAUCAACUAGUUUAUCUCAACACAGUGAGUAUUGACGAUUCCUUAUCUGGACAACCUCUACCUCAUCUCAUUGAAGAUAUUUUCUAUUAUCUCAAACAUGACGACAUCAUAGCACUGCCAGAUAUGGUCUGUAUUAUCACAGCACAAGCUCAUAAUUUCCUCGAGUUAUAUUUCCAAAUAGUUUUGGAGAAAGAAAAAGCGUCAUCAUUCAUAAGAGACAUUAUUUCAAAAUCACUUUCUGUGUUCAUUGAAAAUCUGUGUUAUGGCAACAAAUAUGUAUCAAACAUUAUAGAUGAAUAUCCUUAUAUUUUUCUGUGGAAAUCUGUACUCUUAAGCUACAAGACCUCGAUUGAUCAAUUGGCACACCUGAAAUAUCUUGAAUACGGAACCAUACCUGAGGUCAGCCAUAGCCUUAGAGCUGCUUUCGAUUCGAACAAAACUACAGAUCCCUUUAAAGAACUAAUGAAACAACUCAAGCUUCUUACUCUUUUCGCACUGAUCUGCAAUCAUUCUCAUUUCAAAAUGAUUGUGAAAAACAUUGAAAUUGAAAGUAAAAGAGAGAAACUAUUCCAAAAUAUCAGUCUCGAGUCAAAUGUCAACAACUUCACUCUAAAUCUAAUCAAGAAAUGGAUAUCUGAAUACUCUCCCAAACAUGAUGAAUACAAACAAAGAAUCGAUAUGAUUAUCAACCCGAAGCAAUCAGCCUCUAAAUUACCUGAAAAGGUUAUUAACUCAUAUUUCUUAAGCGAUAUAACAUCAGAAGAUUUCCUUGUUGACCCUCUCACUAUUCUUAGUUUUGACCAUAACUCUGUUGUCCCUUAUAUGAAAAAUAUUAAUUAUUUCAUCGAACUGGCUGAAAACAUUCUUAGAGCAUAUGCUCAGUACAAUGAAGACGGUCAAGAAGAGAGUGGGUAUCAACAGGACCAAGUUACUCAAUCAAUUGAAGAAUAUUUUAACAGAACUAACAAGUAUAUUAAAAACGGAAACCAUUCUGAUGCUUACUCAAAUUACAUGACCCUGCAAUCUUUAUAUAUUGCCUUGAAGAAGUCUAAGAAUAUGAUAUUAGACAGCACAAUCAGAGAGUUAAUGAGCAGAAUCAUCACAAUUGCAUCAACUGACAACCAUGGCAGCUUGUUAUUCGGGUUUGACCAGUUAAUACAAUACUUCCAAACAAAUGAUUGGGUCAAUGAUGCUAAUUUAUUCUGUGACCUUUUCUUCGGACAAUCUACUUGCUGGAAUAUCUUUUCAAAUAUGUUUUCUCAAAGCGCUAAAGAGUCAAAAUUCUUGCCACCAAUAUUCAGAAUUCAUAAUGCAUUUGAACAUCGAAUCCACCGUAGAAGAGCUGAACUACAGAAUCUUAAUAAAGAAAUCACAAUAUCCACAUCGAAGGACGAAAUAUACAUUGACCAGGAUAAAAAGAUGAAAGCUAGAGAGCUCUGAAAUUAUAUCGAAAUUUAUGUCAGAUUCAUCAAGAAUUCAGUCAUACGUAACAUGAUUUUUAAGAAAAGAGCUAAUGUCGAAAAGGUGCUGUCAAAGAUCAUUCAUGUCUGUGAGCUAGACAUUUCCAAGCUCUUCAGAGUAAAUCCAGUAACCCUGGCUUCUGAAGUUAGUCAUAAGAGAUUGAUUCAGUUGUACUCUGUGCUGACAGAUUUCGCAUUUGAUGCAUUUUUAUGAUUCACUCAGCUGCCUUACGAGAGUGAACUUCUUCCUGCUUGAACAGAGGCACUAAUAAAGUUCAUAAUGAAAAUUUGGAUAAAUCUAGACACGAUAAAAUACUAUGAAAGGCAAGACCAAAUGUAUAAAAUGGUUCAUCUUCUACAAGGAUUGCUUUCUCUUAUUCCAUUAUGAGAAACUUCUCAUGUCAAGACAGCUGUAAAUAUAAUAGCAGCUCAGCAAAUUCCUGACACAUAUCAAAGCAUUAACAUUUCAAAAGAAAGCAUCUUCUCUCGAACCAUGAAAUCACUCCUACUUCAAGAAAAAGACCUCAAGGAAGGUUAUAACUUUUUAGGUGACAUACAGUUUGUGAUAACAACUUGGAUCAAUCAACUCUAUGCACACAACUACAAUUAUUCUUGCCCAAAGAACUACGAAGUAACUCCUUUGACAAAGAAAAGUAUGAUGGUGAUCUACUUUCCUGAGGCAGCAUUUAAAAUUUUCUCAGAGUGAGCUCCGAAGGGAAGCUCAAAAUACACUAGUGCUUUUAAAUCCUUUGAAAGCAACUGUGAGAAAGCAGUACUUACAUUCCCAGAAAAGUAUUUGGAGUAUUCCACUGCUUUGAAGAUAUAUACUUCACAAGAUAUAGCAACUAGUGAGCCUACUCCGAAGGAGUUUAAAGAAUAUCUUCAUUUAUGGCAUUGAUUUGAUCUGGGUAUUAGUAAAUACCUUUGUAGGAACUAUGAUAACUGAGAUACUUUGCACUACCUAUCACUUCAAUUCUUAAACUAUGCAUCCAGGGACUCAUUACUAUUCCUCUCAAGUGAGCUUUUCCAGGCUCUCAGGACCUACACAGAUGGAAAAGUUGAAAACUUUUUAGUAAAGAUAUCCACAAAAUGGCCUUCCCUCACCCACAGAAUAAUCUGGAUGGCUGAAGUUGAAACUGAACCAAGCGAGGAUGAUAAAGACAGAAAAGUUCCUUUAGAUAGAGAAGACAUUCUCCCAGAAACCUGCCAAAGGAUUAUCGAUCGAAUUCUUUCAACUAUCAGAAAGCAUGAAAAGAUUCUGUUCCAAACAGAGUCAGGCUUCUUCGAAGAUGUAACUGCUAUUUCUGGUAUUAUGAAGCCAUCUAUGUCAAAAGAUGAGAAGAGAGCAAUAAUUAAGGAUAAUUUAAUCAGAAUUAACAGAAUAGUCCAGUCCAGAACUAGUGGUUAUCAAUCAAAUCAAAAUAACCAACAUAAUGAGGAUGUACCUGAGUGGAUCCCGAAUGCAGGAAAUGAAGAGAUUGCAGAAUACCUGAAGAGUCUUUAUCUUCCAACUAACCCAUCUUGUAAAGUGGUCAGCAUUGUUGAGACUAGUGGAGCUCCAAUGCAAAGUGCUGCUAAAUGUCCCUUUAGAGUCACCUUUAAUGUAGUAGAGGAGGCUCCGAAUAAGAAAGUUAAAGAAGAAGAGAAAGUAGCUGAUGAUAUGAGUAUCAUCUCUGAAGGAAAGCUUACUCAAAUUAACUCUAUAAUUGGACGGCAGGGUCGAGAAAGUGUUAAUAGUGACUUCUCCAGUAUCAACGAAAGAUGGAGAAACGAUGAAGAUCAAAUAUUUAGUUCACACAAAAAUUUCAGAAAGAUCAUGACUUUUAACCGCAAACAUAGUGUCUCAUCUUUUAUGGCCAAAAACAAUGAGAAUUCGAGAGGAGGAAUGGUAAAUCACUCAACUAAAAAUGUUGUCAUGAAUAACAUCGUGGUUCCUCAAAAUAAGACUAAACUGAACAAGAGGAACACUUCAAACAUCCAAAAAGUAUCAUGCAUCUUCAAAGUCUUUGAUGAUGUGCGACAAGAUAUUUUAGCGAUCAGAAUAGUCAAGUUAUUUAAAGAAAUUUUUGAAACUUUCGAGCUUGACUUGCACCUCUUCCCAUACAAUGUUCUUUGCAACAGAACUGGAGAAAAGAGAAACAUUGGAGGAAUCAUUGAGUGUGUUCCCAACACCCACUCCAGAGAUGAGCUUGGGAAGGACUAUGACGUCAACAUGUACCAAUACUUCGUUGAAAAAUUUGGAAGUGAAGACUCCCAAGGAUUCAAGAAAGCCCAACAAAAUUUCAUCAGGAGUUUAGCUGGUUACAGUGUAUUUUCAUACAUCGUUCAGCCCAAAGAUAGACACAACGGAAAUAUCAUGAUCGAUGAGAUUGGAAACCUGGUUCAUAUCGACUUUGGAUUCAUUUUUGAUUGGUCUCCCGGAGGGGAUAUGAGAUUUGAAUCGGCUGAUUUCAAAUUUACUAAAGAAAUGAUUAUGAUUCUUGGAGAAAACAAAAACUCGAAAGCAUACCAACUAUUCGUGAGCAAGGCUAUCCAGGGAUACCUAGCUAUUAGAAAGUUUGCUAAGCAGAUAAUAGAUAUGGUAUUUUUUAACCUUCACAGUGGCCUCCCCUGCUUCAAGACCAAGAGUAUGAAGCUUCUAACCAAGCGUUUCAGACUGGAUUUGAAUGAGUGCCAAGCUGCUCAGCACUACAGAAAAAUCAUCAAUAAUGCUCAUGCCAAAUGGACAACAAAAGUAUAUGACCAGAUCCAAUAUCUCCAAAAUAAGAUUUCUUACUAAGAAUGCUCAACCCAAC